CCUCCUCCGGAACGCCUGGCUCUGGCUGCUGGGACCCGGUCCGGCCUUUGAUAGUGGUGGGAUGGCGGCAGAAGCGAAGCCUCUUCUGGGCCGGGACCGAGGCUGGGGCCAGGUCCAUUCUGGUGCUGCAGCCGAUCACGACCUCUGCAUAGACCAGGCUGUGGUCUUCAUUGAAGAUGCCAUAAAGUACCGCUCUAUCUACCACCGCAUGGAUGCUGGCUCAUUGUGGCUUUACCGCUGGUAUUACUCGAAUGUCUGCCAACGAGUGCUGGCCUUCACCAUUUUCCUGAUCCUGGUCUUGGCUUUUGUGGAAGUCCCAUCUUCCUUCACAAAGACUGCGGAUGUGCGCUUCCGCUCCCAGCCCUGGCAGCCACCCUGUGGCCUGAUGGAGACAAUUGAGGCGCUCUGCUUGCUGGUCUUCCUGGUUGACCUCUCUGUGAAGGGCUACCUGGUGGGGCAGGCCCAGUUGCAGCAGAACCUGUGGCUGUUGGCCUACUUUGUGGUGCUGGUUGUGUCCGUGGUGGACUGGAUCGUUUCGCUGAGCCUCACUUGUAAGGAGCCCCUGCGGGUGCGCCGGCUGCUCCGCCCCUUCUUCCUGCUGCAGAAUUCCUCCAUGAUGAAGAAGACCCUGAAGUGUAUACGGUGGUCGCUACCAGAAAUGGCCAGCGUCGGGCUGCUGCUGGCCAUCCACCUGUGCCUCUUCACCAUAAUCGGGAUGCUGCUGUUUACCAUUGGUGAGAAGGAUGAAGCACAGAACCAGGAGAGGCUGGCCUACUUCCAGAACCUUCCAGAAGCACUGACCUCACUCCUAGUGCUGCUGACUACUUCCAACAACCCUGAUGUGAUGAUCCCUGCGUAUGCCCAGAACCGGGCCUGUGCUCUCUUCUUCAUAGUCUUCACCUUGAUAGGAAGCUUGUUUCUGAUGAACCUGCUGACGGCCAUCAUCUAUAAUCAGUUCCGUGGCUACCUAAUGAAAUCUCUACAGACCUCGCUGUUCCGCCGACGGCUGGGGGCCCGUGCAGCCUAUGAAGUCCUUGCCUCUAGGGCGGAGCCAGCUGGAGCCACCCCUGAGUUAGUUGGGGUGAAUCCCGAGAACUUCCUGCGAGUACUUCAGAAAACCCAGCUGAACAAAAUCCACAAAGAAGCCAUCAUGCAGAAGGUGCAGUCCUAUGAAGGCUGCCUGAUGCUGGCCGAUGAGUUCCAGAAACUCUUUGAUGAGGUUGACAAAGGUGUAGUUACAGAGCGCCCACCGAAGCCCCAGUACCAGUCUCCAUUUCUGCAGACUGCCCAGUUCAUCUUCAGCCACCCCUACUUCAACUACCUGGGGAACCUCAUGACUCUGGGAAACCUCCUGUCUAUUUGUGUGUUCCUGGUGCUGGACUCAGACCUGCUGCCCGGGGAACGAGAUGACUUUGUCCUGGGGAUUCUUAACCACAUCUUCAUCUUGUACUACCUGCUGGAGCUGCUGUUCAAGGUGUUCGCGCUGGGCCUGCGGGGCUACCUGUCCUACCAUAGCAAUGUGUUUGAUGGCGUCCUCACCAUCAUCCUGCUGGUUUUGGAGAUUUCUACCAUCGCUAUAUACCGAUUGCCGCACUCAGGAUGGAAGCCCAAGCAGUAUGGGCCACUGUCGCUGUGGGACAUGACGCGGCUGGUGAACACACUGAUUGUGUUUCGCUUCCUGAGCAUAAUCCCCAACAUAAAGCCAAUGGCUGUGGUAGCCAGCACCAUCCUGGGCCUAAUCCCGAACUUGAGGGCAUUUGGUGGGAUCCUGGUGGUGGCAUACUAUGUGUUUGCCAUGAUUGGGAUGGCCCUGUUCCGAGGUGUCAUCGUGCCUCCUGGGAACAGCAGCCUGGUUCCAGAUAAUAGCUCAGCUCCAUGUGGAAGCUUUGAGCAGCUAGAUUAUUGGUCCAACAACUUUGACGACUUUGCUGCUGCUCUGAUCACACUGUGGAAUGUGAUGGUGGUGAACAAUUGGCAGGUGAUCCUGGAAGCCUAUAAGCACUACUCAGGCCCGUGGUCAAUAGUGUAUUUUGUGCUAUGGUGGUUGGUGUCCUCUGUCAUCUGGAUCAACCUGUUUCUGGCUCUGCUUCUGGAGAACUUUCUCCACAGAUGGGACCCUCAAGGUCAUAAGCAGCUCCUUGUCGGGACCAAGCAGAUCACCUACCAGAUGUCUGUGGAGCUCAUGUUCAGGUGCGGGCUUGGGAGUGUGUCUCCAGUCCAUGGAGCUGAUGGACUGCGAGGGGAGGGAAGGAAGGCUUCCUGGCAGGGUUCCUCUUCCACCCAGUCAUCUGGACUGCUGCUGUGCUGGCAAGAGAUGCUCACAGCAUGACAGUGGGCACUUCUCCUUCCACCAGGGACUUAGCCUGUGCUCUGCUUAGGAUCCAGCACAUGGAAGGGACCAUCUAUCUUCCUUCCAUUGUCUUGGAGCUUCUGACUGGUACCAUGAAGCGCAGCCAGGUGGCUUGAAGGAGCCACACCUUCUAUCACAGGAGGCUCUUGUGAUAUCAUAGAGUGUGUCCUCUGCCUGUAUAGGAGAGUGGCUGUCAUCCCAGGGUCAUGUCAUGAGCCCCAUUUUCUUUCACUAGUGUCGGCUGUGUACAGUCAGCUAAGCCACACCAGUUGGUGUGAGAGGGGUUCUCCAGACUUCCAGGCUUCUCACUUAAUUCUCUUUGAUGUAGGGGGUAGAGUCUGGGCUAGGUGUGCUCUACACACUCGCUCGCUCUAUAUAGAAUCCCUCCUUAGCACUCUCUGGUGUGCUUAUCAAUGCACACGAAGGUUUUUAGCAUCUCUAUCUUCCUGAGACAGGACCUAUGUGUCUAUGUCCCCACAUUCUGCCACUGCUUGUUUUGAAAGCACCUCCUGGUUGGGAACUCGGAGACUCGGCACUUGCAGACCGCUCCUGCUCACUUUGCUUGCAGUCUCUGAGAGGUGGAGGCCCGCCCCUCUGAAGCUUUGGUGUGACUGUCCCU